CCAGCUCACGGCGGCGAACGCGAUCGGUCGAUCGAGCGCGCCAUGGAGGCGGACAGGCUCACCUACGAGAUCUUCUCCAUCCUCGAGAGCAAGUUCCUCUUCGGCUACGGCGGCGGCGACCCGAAGAGCUUACAGUACUGUGGCGGCGGUGGCGCGCUGCCGGCGUCAGGGUCGAGAGGAGGGAAAGUGUGCGUGCUGUGUAUUGAUGGCGGCGCGCGGCCGGAGGACGGGCUCCUCGCUGCCUCGGCGUUGGUGCGACUCGAGGCCGCGGUGCAGCGGCGCGCGGGCAGCAAGGCCGCGCGGCUCGCGGAUUUCUUUGAUGUGGCUGCAGGGUCCGGCGCCGGCGGCGUCCUGGCCGCCAUGAUGUUCGCGCGCGGCCCGUGUGGGAGGCCUAUGUACUCUGCUGAUGACGCGCUCGGCUUCCUGCUCCGCCGCGUCCGCCGCCACGGGUGGUCCGCCCGCGCCGGCGGCCUCCUCCGCCGCCCCGGCGGCGCGUUCCACAAGGUGUUCGGCGAGAUGACGCUCCGGGACACGGUGCGCCCGGUGCUCGUCCCGUGCUACGACCUGGCCACGCGGGCGCCGUUCCUCUUCUCGCGCGCCGACGCCGCGCAGUCGACGGCGUACGACUUCCGCCUCCGCGACGCCUGCGCCGCGACGUGUGCCCCCUCGGCAGGCACCGCCGUGGAGGUGUCCUCCGUGGACGGCGUCACCCGGAUCACCGCCGUCGGCAGCGGCGUCGCGCUGGGCAACCCCACCGCCGCGGCGAUCACCCACGUGCUCAACAACCGGCGCGAGUUCCCCGCCGCGGCCGGCAGCAUCGACAACCUUCUCGUCAUCUCCAUCGGCACCGGCGAGACCGGCAACAGCCGCCGAGCAGCCAGCCGCGCGAGGACGCCGGUGAUCGCCAGGAUCGCCGCCGAGGGCGCGUCGGACAUGGUAGAUCAAGCUGUCGCCAUGGCGUUCGGACAUAACAGGACAAGCAAUUAUGUCCGCAUCCAGGGUAUGGGGGUGGCACGGCGGCGCGGCGAGCGGGGCGUGGCGUGCGGCGGCGAGGAGACGGAGAAGGCGGUGUGGGUGGCGGAGGCGAUGCUGCAGCAGAGGAACGUGGAGGCGGUGAUGUUCCAGGGGAGGAGGCUGGCCGGCGAGACCAACGCCGAGAAGCUGGAGAGGUUUUCACGGGAGCUGAUCAGGGAGCACGGCCGGAGGAAGCAACAGCAACAGCAGCAUCAGGUGGCGGCGACGGCGAGGCACGCCGGUGAACUCUCCACUCCCGCGACCAAGAAACAGUUGUGAGCUCGCACGACGCCGUCAGCCACCCCGCCGCGGGGAGCAAGGACUCGUCGCCAGUGUGGGCGUGGCUGACCGCCGGCCGUAUUGCCGUGGGUUCUUCGUGCACUCCGGCGAUGGACGGACGUCGAUCGUACCGCACGAAAUAAAUAAUCUCGAUCGAUCAUUUUGUGCUU